AUGGCGGCCUCUCAAGGAAGGUUAGCUGGGCUGAGAGGACUUCAUUCAGCAAGGUGUCUCUUGAGGAGCACUGCAAUAACAACUGCAAAGUCUACAGGGACGAAGGGAAUAGGUACUAAAGUUUUUAAAAGGACAAUUAGGACAUCGAUUCCUCUUCAAGGUAAAGAGAAGCAUAAGAUCCGCCCUCUCUGAGCUCAGCUGUGGCCCGGUGCGCCAAUCUAAAAUCGGGCUUUGCUGUACAGAUGGCCUUCCCUUUAAGUGUGGUAUUCAAUUAAGUAAAGACGGAUUGAAUAUUCAUAUUUCGAGGUAUAUCCAACUUUUGGAUGAAUGUGCGCGUACGAAAUCAAAAGUUAAGGAAAACCUAAUAAUUUUUGGAUCCUGUGGAAAACCCGUGAGCAGGCGUGGACUCAGUCAUAGUCGAGUGUAUUUCAAAGUCGAACGUCUUGGAACGGGAGCUGCUUAAAUCACUUGGAAAUCAAAUAAGCUUUGGCUGCUUGAUGAUAACUUUAAUCUCCCCAGAAGUAUCUACUUGGAGCUUUUAUUUUAUAUCAACUAUUGGGUGGGAGGGGGGGGUUAUUUUGUUGUAAAUAAUUUCCGCGGUCAUUAAGGGUUUCUAUGCUCAAAAUUGACCUCUUUGUUGUAUCAUAUGUUUGAUUAUUUAUCAAGUGCGUUGAUAUUUCACUACAACUAAAGUAGAUGUGAAGAAUGUAGCAGGAAGUGUUCUGGCAUGGAACAAUCAAUGCAUGCAUAAAGUGAUGUUGUAUUCAAGGUGUUAAGGGUGUAGAUUGUCAAAUAAAACCAUGUCUGAUGGGAAAUUAGUGCCCAUGAAUUGCUUUAGAAUGUGAGCAAGCCUUGAUUCCCACACAAAAUUUCAUAUUAUUUUGUAUCUACUACUUUUAACCCUUUACACCCUUACAUCAGUAUACAUAUUCUCUUUACUGUUCUCUAUACAUUUCUUAAUGUGCUGAUAAGGAGAAUUUAUUUAACAGUCAAGGUCCUCCAUAUAUUGCAAUCAUUUCCUUUAUUACCUCAACCUUAAUGUGUGUAAGGAGAAAUAAGACACUACUCACUCUUAGUUGUCAAAUUGAACUUAUAUAAGUUGUGUUUCAGUUUAUACCAUUUCUUUUCAUGUGUCUGCUUAAAUGAUGUUUCACUGUGAUGAAGGGCUAAUGCUCGAAAUGUCAGCUUUGAAACUGUUUACAGAGGCCAAUUUACAUUAUCAGCUCAGAUGAUGAUACUAAAUUGCCCUGUUAUACUCUCCCACUUUUUUUCUUUGACUUAACCUGUUUCUUUGUUUACCUCAUAGGUGUUCCCACAACUCAAAUACUCAUGCCAGCACUGUCACCCACUAUGGAGGAAGGAACCAUCAUAAAAUGGAUGAAGAAUGAAGGUGAUCCUAUCUCUCCAGGAGAUGUUCUCUGUGAGAUAGAAACUGACAAAGCCACCAUUGCCAUGGACAGUGACGAGGAAGGUAUCUUGGCAAAGAUUAUCAUUCCAGCUGGAAGCAAGAAUGUCAAAAUAAAUCAACUGAUUGCAUUGAUGGUAGAGGAGGGUGUGGAUUAUACACAGGCUGAGGUGCCACUGGAUACAGGUUGCACAUUUUGAUAUAUGUUAACUCUUAGUGUUCCCUCUUCAUAACUUGGUCCAGCAAAUACAAAGUAGGUGUUUAGGAGGAUAUUAUCUUGAUAUGAUACCAAAUAAUUCUUCUAACUAAUUUAUAAAGAAAUUUGUGGUUAGCCAGGAGAGUGAAUUCCUUCUCAGAUCUUGGGCUGGAAGCCAAAACUAACUUUUCCAGCCCCACACAGGCUGCAGAUAUUCUUUUUUAAUUGGUCUCACAUGGCAUUUGUGCAGAUAAAUUAAUUUCCAAUUUUUUAAUGGAUUUUUAAAAGCCUGUACAUGUAUCUGUACAUCUGAUCUUAAAGUAAAGGCUCUCUUUGUUUGACUUUUAAUAAAAGUUAACAGUUACUCAUUGAUUUCAUCUGUGAUUUGUUGAGUGAAAGAUAAAGGGUAAAUUGUGCUGUUUGUACAUCAGGUUGAUUGCAACUUCUUUGUUGCUGGUAGGCAUCAGCCAGCCUAUGCCCACAUUCUUGACAACAAAAUAGAAAAUCCAAAAUUUUGUUGGAUGUUAUAUACGAAGCCUCCACAGAUAGUUAAUUUUUUUAAUCAUUUAAGAUAUGCAAACCCAUGAUGAUGAUGUGUAGAAUUGAAUCUGAAGUAUUUAUAGAAGUUACUUGUUUAUUAAGCUCCUUACCAUAAUUAGUCUUUCUUUUUUCCUUUUGUCAUAAUACAACAUAUUAGGGAAGAAGAGAACUGCAGUAUCCUACAAGCUAUAACAAAACUAAGUUGGCAUGCCUCCCCUUACUAGGUUGACAAACCUGCACUCAUCAUAAUAAACAGAAAUCUUGUAAUUCACCUCCAAUUAGUUACUUGCAAACUCCCCCUUUCAACCAAACAAUGUUUCCUAAAAUUAUUGACCAUUUUGUUACAUCAACCAACAUUGAAAUGAGGGAGAGAGGGCAAUAAAUGAAAGUUUGAGUAAAAAUUCAAAAUUUAAGUGAUGGAGUGCACCAAAACUUUUGGAGGUUUUUGGAAGGAAUAAGGUUGUGGAGCAUUUUCUGUACAGAACCUUUGAGUAUUCCAGCCCUUUUGGGAAGUUAUAUCAGUAUGUGCUGUUAUAGAAACCAAAGAUAAACAGACAAUGAUUUUGAUUAUAUUUUGACUUAAGCUGAGGUUUUGUUUUGAUUAUUGUUGUAAUUCUCUUUUAUUUCAAGUUUCAAAUUAUUAUUGAGUUUGAGAUUGAAUUUAUAUACUCGGUGUUCAACAUUUUACAAACAGUGUUGAAUGAAAAAUUCAGAUCUAUUUGAAGUGUUAAAGUUUGCAAACUUAUUUGUAAAAUCUGAAAAAAAGUAAGAAAUAAGACAAAUUGUUCAAAAAUUGUAUUCCAGAGUUUUUUCUAGGCUGCAAGAAUUGCUUCUCUGCUCGAUGAAAUAGUUAUUUUUUUUAAAAUUUUUUAUCUUUUUUUUCAAACUGGAAUAACAUAAACUAACCUGAUGAAAGUAGUUUUUGGCAGAGCUAGAGAAUAUAAAAUUUAGAGUGAAUAGUUGUUCAGUGGUAUGUGAAAGAAUGUGUGCUGACCCAGUUCUAACUUUGAAUUUAUCUUCUGGAAAGAAAUUUCUAGAAAAACAGAGGAUGCUGCCCCAGUUGAAGGCACCCCUACUGCUAACACUGGUGCUGAAGUGCUGAUGUCACCAGCUGUCAGACUGCUUCUUGAAAAAUAUCAUCUGAAUCCCAGGCUUAUCCAAGCAACAGGUCCAAAAGGCAGGCUUCUGAAGGGUGACGUGCUCAGAUAUGUGGCACAGGGAGGGCAGCCUUUUACAAAACCAGACAAGGAAGCUACUCCUACUCAGAAGUUGCCUCCAAAACCCACUCCUACACCUGAGACACCAGUGACAGGUACAGGUAUAUCAGUUAGAACUCCAGAAACUCAGCAACUACCUCUAAACUUCUCCCUGCAGUUAUAUACAUUAUCUAGUUUAACCCUUUUACCUUUAAGAGUGACCAUCAUCUAAUUUCUCCUUUCUGUAAGACUGCUGUAUCAUUUAUUAACAUCAUGAGAUUAAACAAAAUGAUCACCAACCUGAAAAGCUUUAUGUUAAACAAAUUCUCCUUGUUAUUAUCAAAGGAAAUGUGAAGAGAAGAGUAAUGAGAAUUUGGAUACUGAUGUUAGGGUGUAAAGGGUUAAAAGUGAUGAGAAUAGUUAAGGUUUUAUUUUGAUUCACCACCAAAUUCUCCCAACUAUUUUGCAAGGUAAUGUAUAAUAGUCUUAUAGGAGAAUAACAAAUCACAUAUUUUAUCCUUCAGACAGAAGGCAAAUGUACGAUACAACCUUUUAAAUUCUCUGUGGGCUUCAAAGUUUCCACUCAGAACUCAGUCUCAUGAAACUUUGAAGACAUGAAAAAAGCAACAAACUUUGUAUUUGUCUAUCUAUUGCUUACAGACUUUUACUGUUUAUAUCUUUACUGAUAUAUAUCCCUCCCUUAGUGGAGUACAUUUAGCAGUCAUGUUACAAGGCAAGUAAAUGGUUGCUUAUUCAAAACAGAUGACUUACUUAAAGCGGAAUAGAGUACAAUUGUGGAGGCCUCAUCUUUCGUUAAUAUGGGUUCUUGAAGCUACUUCUACUUUAUUUAUUGAUAAAGCGUAUCAACGCAUCACAUUAAUACAGGUACAACAAAAUAAAAAAAAAAUAAUAUAUAAACACUUAUAAUAAAUAUAUAUGUGAUAAGAGAAAUUUUUUAAAACCACUUCCCAGUUUCGAUGAGAUGGUCGCGCAGAGCGACCUUAAAUUUUAAAUUAUCAUCUAUAUUUACAAUGUCACCUGGAAGUCUAUUCCAUUGGUUGUUUGACCACGGAAAAAAGCUGUAUGCAUAUUGAUUGCAAUUUGAAUGUGGUCUUGUGAAGGUUUUGGAGUUACCACUCCUUGAGGUACGAGGUAAAGGAGUAAGAUACGAAUCUUGUUGAUAUCAAUAGUAAAAUUCGUACUUUGUUUGCGUAGCAUGACCUUUUUCAUUCGUAAUUCUAUUAUGACUUGUCUUUCAGUUUCAAAGCCCCAGCCAGUCUCAUCAGAGCCUCCUCCGGUUCCAAAAGGUGGUCAGCAGUUCAUAGACUUACCUAACACUAACAUGCGCCGUACAAUUGCCAAGAGACUGUCAGAGUCCAAAGCUUCUGUUCCACAUACAUAUGCCUCAACGGACUGUGUCAUGGACAAUCUUCUGAAAUUAAGGAAGAGUCUCGAAGUGAAAGUUUCGGUGAACGAUUUUAUCAUUAAAGCAGCGGGCUUGGCGUUAAGACGGGUCGCAGAGAUGAAUGCUGUUUGGAACGGUGAAGAAGCUAAACUUGUUAAAGAUGUGGAUAUCUCUGUCGCUGUAGCAACUGAUGCUGGGCUUAUAACACCCAUUGUGAAAACAGCAGACGCACUAAAAAUUGCGGAGAUCUCAACUGUUCUCAAGGUAGAGUUGAUAAUUCCAAAUACAGGCACGUAGCGCUAAGACUUACCUAGGAGCAAUGCUCGGGGAUCAAUGUCAGUAUCUGAGUAACCGCGAACCUACCUCUCCCCACUGAAACCCAGCAUUAACCCCAACUUGUUAUCAGUUGACUUUUAUUGGGAUAGGGGAGGAGUAGGUGCGCAGUGCUCAGAUACUGAUAAGGAUCUGGCUUGAGAAACCACACGCUUGAAGGAGCUACUUCACGUUUGACUGGUUUUAUUGUAAUAAAGCCUUAAACUUGUAGUUUUUUGGGGUAAACAACGUACCAACGUACGUAUUUCGUAGUUUAAUACUCGCAUUCGUUUUCCGUGGAGCCCAGAGUUUCACAGCUACUUACCGUGCUCUCCUGCCCGAGCGGUUGCCUCAGAAAAAAAAUGUGCAUGUUGCUCGAAAAGUAUCAUGUUUCUGAAAGAGGUGAACUUUAAGUACCUCUAAAGAGUGCCUCUUCACUUUGGGGUAAAGAUUUGAAGCAGCUCUCAAUAAGAAACUACAUAAACUAAUCGAAAAAAGAUCAUCGCGCCUGGGCGUGUUUUCGAGAAUUGACGAUAAGCGUAAAGAAGGAAAGAAAUUAGAAUUUACAGGAGUCGCACGUGAGCUGAAUUGUAUCUUUUCUUUGCAACAGGAUCUCGCCAGCCGAGCUAGAGAAGGCAAGUUACAGCCGCACGAGUUCCAGGGUGGUUCCUUCACAAUUUCCAACCUUGGAAUGUUUGGUAUCACCGAGUUUUCUGCGGUGAUUAACCCACCUCAAGCUUGUAUCAUGGCUGUCGGUGGAACCCGCCCUGUUUUAACAGCCGACGAUAAAAUACAGAAUGUUAUGACGGUCACUUUGUCAUGUGAUCGACGAAUGAUUGAUGACGAAUUAGCUGCAAGAUGGUUAGAGACAUUUAAACUCAAUAUUGAAAAUCCCUCGAGGCUAUUAUUAUAACACACACAGCCAGGCAAUGGAACCUCAGUGCAGAGGACAUCCUCAGGACUGUAAAUAGUGUCCCCUGAAUAGAAGUGACUGGUGCAAAAUUUUUAUGAACACCAGACGGUGGAACCUUAACGCAGUGGACACCCUCAGGACUGUUAAAAAUGUUCCCCAAGACAUAUCCAGUGCAAAAUGUUUUGGAACAUAAAGUGACAUUCGGUGUUGAAUAUGUGAGAUUGCGAAAGAACAAGAAAUUUGAUCAGUGAUAGUGCGACAUUUAAGAAAAUGAAAUAUUAACGAAAUCUCCUGCGGUCUUCUGACUCAAUGAAAAAAGAUUGGGAUUACUUAUGUAAAUAUAUACGGAAUUAUUAUAUUACAGUGA